AUGCCAGAAUAUAUAGUCGCAAUUGAUCUUGGAACCUCCAAUUGCUGCGUGAGCUAUGCAAAUACCGAAAGUAAAGAAGUGAGAGCACUAGACUUUUGGGGAAAGAAUAUUUACCCUUCUGUUGUAUAUUAUAAACCAGAUGGAACUUAUGAAUCAGGGCAGAGUGCAGUUAUUCGAUAUAGAAGGAAUGAUGGUGUUGUAAACUAUAUGAAACGUAUUUUGGCAAAAAAAAAUAAGGAUAUUCCCCAGCAAGUGAUAGAUUCUUGCAAGUCAGAAGUUGUGAGUGGUCCUAAGGGAUUUGCUGCUUUCAAAGUCAACGGAUCCAUCAAAUUACCAGAAGAUGUAUUAACUGAUCUAGUAAGAAGCAUGCGAGAACGCUUAAUUGAGGUGCUUAGUGAGGAGGCUGGAGAGGUUAUUGUAAAGAAAGUGAUAGUUACUAUUCCUUCGAAUUAUGUACAAGAUCCCAUUGUAUACACAAAACAUAUUAUAACGAAUGCCGGUUUUAACUGUAAGGUAACUACACUUCCUGAACCUGUUGCUGCUUGUAUGGCUUAUAAUAUAACUGAUAUGACGGAUUCUGGACAUUUUAUGGUAUUUGAUAUUGGAGGAGGUACCUGUGAUGUUGCUCUGUUAUCAUUAAACGGAUCUCAAUUUGAUGUAAAAGAUCAUGUCGGAAAUGAUAUAGCCGGUGCUGUAUUUGAUAAUCUAAUUCGAGAAUGGCCGAGAAAAUACUUCUUGACAUAUGUCGAGAAGCAAAAGAACAGUUAUCGUCUUUUGGUUCAUUUGACAUAG